AUGGUGACACGUUCACACAAAUCCAACGACCGCGAAUAUCAGACCGAAGGCGUGCUGGGUACGCGUGAAAACAUCCCACGCUACUUCGCCAAGUCCGGCCCAACCGAUGCUGAUCCUCGCAAGACAAAGAAGGACGGUGGCGGCAAAGGCAAUUGGGGUCGAUCCGGCGAGGAAAUGCAGGACACUGACUACUCGUUCGCCAAUGCUAGACGUCAUUCCAACAGUAGCACCCAGGGUCUGUCUGACUUCCACACCAAAUUUGAGGCCUUUGAACCGGAGCCUGUGUUCGAGGAAGAAGAUCUUGGUGAGGCUGAUAUCGUUGCGGGAAAUGAUAAUACCGUGACCAAGGUCGAGAGUGCCAGUAGCAACGAUAGCGAGGCUGAUCGUGAUAGAAGGAAGUAUUAG